GGCUGCCGGCGCCAGCACGUCCUGUUUUCGUUGGCCGCGCUGGGAUGGCCGCCGCAGCUGUAGCUGCUGCAAGUGCUUAGCGCUGGUCUUUGCCGGGCGUUGAGGGCAGAGCAGCCUCCUUGUUUGUUCGGUUCGCCUGUGCGUGAUACUCAAGGGCACCAGCAUUCCCGCGGUCGGCAGCAUGGGUCGGGAGUCACGCCACUAUCGAAAACGAUCGGCAUCCCGGGGUCGCUCUGGAAGUCGGUCUAGAAGUCGCUCACCCUCAGACAAAAGAAGUAAACGUGGAGAUGACAGACGGUCUAGAAGUAGAGAUAGAGAUAGGAGGAGAGAGAGGUCUCGUAGCAGGGAUAAAAGAAGAUCUCGGUCAAGGGACAGGAAGCGUCUGAGACGUUCCAGAAGUAGAGAGAGAGACAGAAGCCGAGAGCGAAGAAGAUCUCGAAGUAGAGACAGGAGACGCUCAAGGAGUAGAAGCCGGGGCCGGCGAUCCCGAUCCUCUAGUCCUGGAAAUAAAAGCAAGAAAACUGAGAAUAGAUCUAGGUCCAAAGAGAAAACUGAUGGUGGGGAAAGUUCUAAAGAGAAGAAAAAAGACAAAGAUGACAAGGAGGAUGAAAAAGAAAAAGAUGCUGGCAACUUUGACCAGAAUAAGCUGGAAGAAGAAAUGAGAAAGCGAAAAGAAAGAGUAGAAAAAUGGCGAGAAGAGCAACGUAAAAAGGCUAUGGAAAACAUAGGAGAACUGAAAAAGGAAAUCGAAGAGAUGAAACAAGGGAAAAAGUGGAGUUUAGAGGACGAUGAUGAUGAUGAAGAUGAUCCUGCAGAAGCUGAAAAGGAGGGAAAUGAAAUGGAGGGUGAGGAGUUAGAUCCAUUAGAUGCUUACAUGGAAGAAGUGAAAGAGGAAGUAAAAAAAUUUAACAUGAGAAGUGUAAAAGGUGGUGGGGGAAAUGAAAAGAAGUCUGGGCCAACGGUCACAAAAGUUGUCACUGUUGUGACAACCAAAAAAGCAGUUGUGGAUUCUGAUAAGAAGAAAGGUGAGCUGAUGGAGAAUGACCAGGAUGCCAUGGAGUAUUCUUCAGAGGAGGAAGAAGUUGAUCUUCAGACAGCCCUUACAGGGUAUCAAACAAAACAGCGAAAGCUUCUAGAACCAGUUGAUCAUGGAAAAAUUGAAUAUGAGCCAUUUAGGAAAAACUUCUAUGUUGAAGUUCCAGAACUAGCAAAAAUGUCUCAAGAAGAGGUAAAUGUGUUUCGAUUGGAAAUGGAGGGCAUUACAGUUAAAGGAAAAGGUUGCCCCAAACCAAUUAAAUCCUGGGUCCAGUGUGGAAUUUCCAUGAAGAUCUUAAAUUCCCUCAAAAAGCAUGGCUAUGAGAAGCCCACACCCAUCCAAACCCAAGCUAUUCCUGCUAUAAUGUCUGGACGAGAUUUGAUUGGCAUUGCCAAAACAGGAAGUGGAAAGACCAUUGCUUUUCUGUUGCCCAUGUUUAGACACAUCAUGGAUCAGAGGUCAUUAGAGGAAGGAGAGGGGCCAAUAGCUGUCAUCAUGACUCCAACUCGAGAACUGGCUUUACAGAUUACUAAAGAGUGUAAGAAGUUUUCCAAGACUUUGGGACUUAGAGUGGUCUGUGUUUACGGAGGAACAGGAAUCAGUGAGCAGAUUGCUGAGCUGAAAAGAGGUGCUGAAAUUAUUGUUUGCACACCCGGUCGAAUGAUUGACAUGUUAGCAGCUAACAGUGGUCGGGUCACAAAUCUUCGAAGAGUGACGUAUGUUGUUUUAGAUGAAGCAGACAGAAUGUUUGACAUGGGUUUUGAACCCCAGGUCAUGCGCAUCGUGGAUAAUGUUCGUCCUGAUCGACAGACGGUUAUGUUUUCAGCUACUUUCCCCAGAGCUAUGGAGGCUUUGGCUCGCAGGAUCCUGAGUAAACCUAUUGAAGUACAAGUUGGAGGCAGGAGUGUGGUUUGCUCAGAUGUGGAGCAACAAGUGAUUGUGAUUGAAGAAGAAAAGAAAUUCUUGAAGUUACUUGAGCUUCUAGGCCAUUAUCAAGAGUCAGGAUCUGUCAUUAUAUUUGUGGAUAAGCAGGAACAUGCUGAUGGUCUUCUUAAGGAUUUAAUGAGAGCAUCUUAUCCUUGCAUGUCUCUUCAUGGAGGCAUUGAUCAAUAUGACAGAGAUAGCAUCAUAAAUGACUUUAAGAAUGGGACCUGCAAACUUCUUGUGGCUACCUCUGUUGCUGCCCGAGGUCUAGAUGUGAAACAUCUGAUUCUUGUAGUAAAUUAUAGCUGCCCCAACCAUUAUGAGGAUUAUGUACACAGAGCAGGGCGGACUGGAAGAGCAGGAAACAAGGGUUAUGCUUAUACUUUUAUCACAGAGGAUCAAGCUCGCUAUGCUGGUGACAUAAUUAAAGCUCUUGAAUUGUCAGGGACUGCAGUACCUCCUGAUUUAGAGAAACUGUGGAGUGAUUUCAAAGAUCAACAGAAAGCUGAGGGGAAAAUAAUUAAAAAGAGUAGUGGAUUCUCUGGUAAGGGAUUCAAGUUUGAUGAAACAGAACAAGCUUUGGCUAAUGAGAGGAAGAAGUUACAAAAAGCAGCUCUUGGUCUGCAGGAUUCAGAUGAUGAGGAUGCUGCAGUUGAUAUUGAUGAGCAAAUUGAAAGCAUGUUUAAUUCAAAGAAGAGAGUAAAGGAUAUGGCUGCUCCUGGAACAUCAAGUGUUCCUGCUCCAACUGCAGGAAAUGCUGAGAAAUUAGAAAUUGCUAAGAGAUUGGCUCUUAGAAUCAAUGCCCAGAAGAAUUUGGGCAUCGAGUCUCAGGAUGUGAUGCAGCAGGCCACCAAUGCAAUUCUUAGAGGUGGCACCAUUCUGGCUCCCACUGUUUCUGCAAAAACCAUUGCAGAACAACUUGCUGAAAAGAUCAAUGCCAAGCUCAAUUAUGUGCCUUUAGAGAAACAAGAAGAAGAGAGACAGGAUGGUGGACAGAAUGAGUCUUUUAAGAGAUAUGAAGAAGAAUUAGAGAUCAAUGACUUCCCACAGACUGCUAGGUGGAAAGUUACCUCUAAGGAAGCUCUGCAGAGAAUCAGUGAAUACUCUGAAGCCGCAAUUACAAUCAGAGGAACCUACUUCCCUCCUGGCAAAGAACCCAAGGAAGGCGAGCGGAAGAUUUACUUGGCAAUUGAAAGUGCCAAUGAACUGGCUGUGCAGAAAGCAAAGGCAGAAAUCACCAGGCUCAUAAAAGAAGAGCUGAUCCGGCUGCAAAAUUCAUACCAACCAACAAAUAAAGGAAGAUACAAAGUCUUAUAGACAUCCGGAAAAAAGAUUUUUACCUGUGCUGGUCUAUGAUAUAUGUGACAGUUGCUGUCUGCAGUUUACAAUGUAUUGUAAAUUAAGAUUUUUUAAAUUCUAUCUUGCUGAUUUUUUUUAAAUAUAAGAAACUGGUACUUGGUAAAGAAAUCUGUCCGUAAGUACCCCCACAAUCCAUCAAACUAUAUUUAAAGCCGGCCUGUUUUCAGAGUAUGAUGUCCUUUAAUGUAAACUUAAAUAUCAAUAUUUUAAAUGUCCGGAUAAUAUUCUAGAGGUUUAAAAAAUGGAAAUAUUUGAACUUUCUAUUGAAGACAAUAAAGUACACAAGUCUUUAAGGGGCUAUUCACUUUAUUGUGUACUUUCAAUGAAAUUGUUAUCAUUUCCUAAGAAAAGGUAAAAUUCACUAUCAUAUUUUGUGUCCCUGCCUUGAGCUUAAAUGUUACAUGACUCUGUGGAACAAUAUGAACUGGAUUUAAGAAUGUUAUAAUAGAAGUCUUACAAAA